AUGAAAAGGGUUAGAGAAGAGGUUUACGUUGAAGCUCAGAUACGAGGUCCUACAGUUUCUUCUCGAGGAGAAACAAAUGGUAAGCCUCUAACGAUUGGUGGAGGAGCAAGUAUGAGAGGGCUAACAACAGGUGAUGCCUUAAGCUAUCUCAAAGCUGUCAAGGAUAUGUUUCAAGACAAGAAAGAUAAGUAUGACACUUUCCUUGAAGUCAUGAAAGACUUUAAAGCUCAGAGAGUUGACACUAAUGGCGUAAUAGCAAGAGUAAAAGAUUUGUUCAAGGGCUAUGAUGACUUACUUUUGGGUUUUAAUACCUUCUUGCCCAAAGGGUACAAAAUAACCUUGCCUGAGGAUGAGAAACCUAAGAAGCCAGUGGAUUUCGGAGAAGCAAUCGAAUUUGUCAACAAGAUCAAGGCGCGAUUUGGGGGUGAUGACCGUGCAUAUAAAAGAUUUCUAGACAUAUUGAACAUGUAUAGAAAGGAAAGCAAGUCCAUCUCCGAUGUCUAUAAAGAGGUAACUCUGUUGUUCCAGGACCAUGAAGAUCUGCUUGUGGAGUUUGUUCAUUUCUUACCUGAUAAUUCCGGAUCAGGCUCUGUUUAUUAUCCUCUUUCCGGGAGGAAUGCAGUACCGAGUGAUAAAAAUUCUCCAGUUCAUGCCAUGCAUCCAAAGCGUUUUGAGAAGAAAAUAAAACUACGGGGUAGGCAUGAUGAGUGUACUGAACACUUCGAUCAAUGGGAAGAUGGUGAUGAGAACCUUGUGGCUUGUUCUGCCGAAUCCCUGGUUAAUCAAGGUCAAUGGCCGGGAUACCUGAAAGUAGAGGACAACGAGGGGAUUCACGAUUAUGAAAACAACGGGGGUCAUGAGAGAGAUCCAGAAAAUGAUAGAACUGCAGCUUUUGGUAGUAAAGACUUCGGAAGUCAGAAAAAUCUACUAUCUACUACCAAUCAUAUGGCAAAGGCUAUAAAUGAACUUGAUCUUGCUGACUGUACAAAAUGUUCACCAAGUUAUCGUCUCUUGCCAGAGGAUUAUCCCAUUCAGAUUCCAAGUUACAGAAAUAUACUAGGUGAAAAGGUACUUAAUGAUCAUUGGGUAUCUGUCACAUCGGGGAGUGAGGAUUACUCGUUCAAACACAUGCGCAAAAAUCAGUAUGAAGAAAGCUUGUUUCGAUGUGAAGACGACAGGUUUGAAUUGGACAUGUUAUUAGAGUCUGUGAAUGCAGCCAUUAAGCGUGUGGAAAGUCUCCUGGAAAAGAUUAACAACAACACAAUCUCUAUAGAGACACCAAUUUGUAUCAAAGAACAUUUAUCAGAGCUGAACCUAAGAUGCAUUGAGCGGUUGUAUGGGGAUUAUGGGCUUGAUGUCAUGGAUUUUCUGAAGAAGAAUUCUCAUAUCGCCUUACCGGUCAUACUAACACGCUUGAAGCAGAAACAAGAAGAAUGGGCUAGGUGUCGCUCUGAUUUCAGGAAAGUAUGGGCUGAAGUAUAUGCUAAGAAUCAUCACAAAUCACUAGAUCAUCGUAGUUUUUAUUUCAAGCAGCAGGACUCUAAGAAUUUGAGCACUAAAGGUUUAGUUUCAGAAAUAAAAGAUAUCAGCGAGAGAAAGCAUAAAGAAGAUCCGCUUCAUGCCAUUGCUGUUGGAACUAGGCCCUCUUUCACCCCUGAUGUGGAGUUUAGUUAUUCUGAUCCACAAGUUCAUACUGACCUAUAUCAACUAAUCAAGUAUUACUGUGAAGAAAUAUGUGCUACUGAACAGUCGGAUAAAGUUAUGAAGCUGUGGGUAACCUUUUUGGAGCCCAUGUUUGGCGUUCCUUCGAGGUCUCAAACUAACGAGACAAUGAAAGAUGUUACAAAGUUCAAAGAGAACCAAGAAGAGGAUGAUGCAUGUGAGGCAGUGAAGGACACCACCACCUGUGACGGUUCUCUUGCCUCAGACCGUAAACCUCUAAUACUUCCAGAAACGCCAAACGAAGAAAACCAAGCAGUACAAGGAAGCUCUUUUGCUCAAGAUAUCCCGGUCAAUACUCGAGAAAUUAAUAAGCAAGAUAAACUGCAUGAUGGUGCAGCUAUGACUAAUGAGGAUAGUCAGCCUUCCAAACUGGUGUUACCCAGAAAUGAUUUGAUAAUGGAGGGUGUAGAGAAUAAUAGUAAAGUUAGUGAUGUAUCAAUGGUAGAACAUAAGGUGGAGCGAGAAGAGGGUGAAUUAUCUCCCACCGAAAGUUUUGAGCAAGACAAUUUUGAGGCUUAUGGAGAAAAUGGCCUCGAGCCUGUGCAGAAACUGCCAGACAAUGUAGUAAGUGAUAAAGACGGAGAACACCAAGAGGGAGCAUGUUGUACUGAAGCUGGAGCAAAGAGCAAUGCACCACUUGAAGAUGAUGGAAAUAAAGAUAGUCGAAAGUUAUCAGAAGCGGAUGAAAAUGUCUCUAAAGUUAUUGCCUCAGAAAGAAAGUUUGGUGGCCAAGUUUCUUCCGAUGAAGAGCACAAAGGAACCAUAAACUGUGAUCAGCGUGAUAGUCUAGCUGAGAGUGAAAACGAGGCUGAAGAUGGAUCCUUUAUCACAUUUUCAAAACGGUAUCUGCAGCCUGUAAAGCCCCUUGCAAAGCAUGUGCCUGGGACACUGCAAGUUAGUGAGAGCGACUCCCGGAAUGAUUCUCGAGUUUUCUAUGGGAAUGAUUCAUUUUAUGUGCUUUUUAGACUUCAUCAAAUGUUGUACGAGAGAAUACAAUCAGCAAAGAUACAUUCAGAGAGGAAAUGGAAAGCUCCAGAUAACACAUCUACUGAUUCUUAUACCAGGUUCAUGGAUGCCCUGUAUAAUUUACUUGAUGGCUCAAGCGAUAAUACAAAGUUUGAAGAUGAAUGCCGAGCUAUUAUUGGAGCACAAUCAUAUGUUCUCUUCACAUUGGACAAGCUAGUUCAGAAGUUUGUUAAGCAUCUUCAUGCAGUUGCAGCUGAUGACACAGACACCAAGCUUCUGCAACUAUAUGCAUACGAGAACUACAGAAAACCGGGAAGAUUCUUUGAUAUUGUUUACCAUGAGAAUGCCAGAGCCCUUCUCCAUGAUCAGAACAUAUACCGGAUUGAAUAUUCAUCUGCCCAAACCCGUCUCUCGAUUCAACUUAUGAACAACGGGAACGAUCAGCCUGAAGUUACAGCUGUGACAGUGGAACCAGGUUUUGCAAAUUAUCUGCAGAAUGACUUUCUUUCGUUGGUUCCUGAUGAAGAGAGGCCCGGACUAUUUCUGAAGAGGAACAAAGCAAAAUUAAGCGGUCCAGAUGAAUCUUCAGGGGUAUCCCGUGCUAUGCAAGGAUUAAAAAUAAUUAACGAGGUCGAAUGUAAGAUGGCUUGCAGUUCUUCCAAGGUCAAGUAUGAACAAUACACAGCAGAUCUUUUGUAUAGAAGCAAGCAGAAGAAACAAAAGCUGAAUCCAAAUGGACUUGACAAUGCUAAAACUUCUGGUAGCAGUGAAAUCUCGAGAAAGAGAAGAAUAUCGCGUUUUCACGCAAGUCUCAACCGCAGACUUGUUGCUUUGCCUUAA